UUGGAGAGGCGGCGGUGGAUGCCGCAGCGAUGGAAGCCGGCUUGCUUCCCUUUUUAAGAAUCAGUGUGAGAGAAGGGAGCAGAGCUGCGUUAUUUUAGGGAGACCUUGUCGCACUCCCCCUCCCGCGGGUAGGUAGCGUCUGGGGUGUGCGCGGGCCCCAUGGAGAGACGCUGGCGUUGGCUGCGGUGGCAGCUGGGGCUCCUAUCGCGGCUGCGGCCGGCAGUAAUCCGACCCCGCCGACGCAGGGACUGAAGAGGCGCAAGCGAGAGCGGCAAGCUGCGAACAAAAGCCCGCCGCGCGGGACGUGCGAGCCUCCACAAAGGGACAGGGCUCAGCCAUGGUGGAUCCCGUGCCUGAAGAGGAGAAGGCGGGAGCCGAGCCGGGAGGCUCCGGAGGGGCCGAAGCCGCCGCGUCCGUGCCCCCUGACUCCCAGGGCGCCCCGCAGCCCGCGGCGACUUCGGCCUCGGCCUCCGCCGCGGCGCCCCGUAAGGCUGAAGUCCCGUGCGCAGCAGAAGGCGGGCGGCGGGAGCAGUCCCCGCUAUUGCACCUCGACCUCUUCAACUUCGACUGUCCGGAGGCCGAGGGCAGCCGCUACGUGCUGACCAGUCCCCGCUCGCUAGAGGCCUGCGCCCGCUGCGCCGUUAAACCUGUGGAGCUGCUGCCACGGGCCCUGGCGGACCUGGUGCGCGAGGCCCCCGGCCGCUCUAUGCGAGUAGCCACUGGCCUGUACGAGGCUUACGAGGCGGAGCGGAGCGCCAAGCUGCAGCAGUGCCGGGCAGAGCGCGAGCGCAUCGUGCGCGAGGAGAAACGGCGCCUCUUCACGCCUUUGGGCCCCGCGGCCGCCGCGGCCUCGGCCCCUAGUGCGGGCAGCAGCAGCAGCUGCAGCAGCGCCAGCCUCCCGGCCUCGCCCGCACCGCGCGCCGCCCGCAAGGCCUCCUCCAGCCCGGCCCGGCCCCAACCUACGCCCGCGCGGUCGCGGGCAGGAAGGAAGAGCCACUCACUAGACUCCCUGUCCCGCCGGCGGGAGGGCGCCCUGAGCUCCGAGUCAGGCGCGUCGUCGUCGUCCUACAGCGGUGAGAGCCUGCGGGAGCUGCACUGGCCGCCGCGGGCCUCGGCCAGGAACAGCUGCCCGGCGGGGUCGGCGUCCUCUGCUCCCAACCCUCUGGGCCGCCCAUCCGCCCUGGCCCUGGUUCCCCUCACCGGCCGCAGCUUCAGUCUCGGCGACCUGAGCCACUCGCCACAGAUGGCUCAGCACGUGGAACGCAUCGUGCGCCAAGUGCGCGCCGAGCGGGGUCUGCGCGCGGUGCCGGAGCGCGACCGGAAGAUCGCGGCGCUGAUGCUGGCGCGGCACCAGGAAGAGCGCCUGUUGCUGGAGCAGCGCGCCGCGGCCCACGGCCAGUGGGAGCAGCAGCGCGUCCGCGCCGAGCAGCGACGGGAGCGCGAGGAGCGCGAGAAGCACCGCGCCCUGGAGCAGGGCCGCCGAGCCUGGGCCGCGCAGGUGGAGGAGCGGCGCGGCCGCCGGGGCCGCGAGGAGCGCGAGGAGGCGCGGCGGCGGCAGCGGCAGUGCGAGCGCAGCGAGGAGCGGCGGCGGGAGCUGGCCGAGCGCCAGGGACUGCUGCGGCGGGAGCGGGCGGAGCGCACGGCCCGGGAGGACCGACUCCGCAAGCUGCAGCAGGAACAGAACCUGAAGCAGCGGGAGGAGGGGCUGCAGGAAGUGCGCGAGCGGGCCGAGCAGGUGCGCAGGGAGCGCGCUCAGCGCGCAGCCCGCGCCAAGCAGAGUCAGGAGGGCCAGUUGCAGCGAGAGAAGCGGGAGCUAAGCCGGGCGGAGCGGGCGCGCCAUGAGGCGUUGCUGCAAGGCCGGGCCCGGCUGGAGCGCCAGGAGCGCGAGGGCCUGCGGAGCUCCCUGGAGGCCAGCUUGGGCCGCGCGCAGGAGAACUACGAGCAGUUGGUGGAGCAGCGCACCCGGGAGCUGCGCGAGCGGGCCCGGCGGGAGGAGCUGCAGGGCCGGCGGGCCAAGGAGGCGGCCGAGCGCAAAGACCGGGAGCAUCAGGCACACCUGGAGGCUCUGGCCCGGGUGGGCGAGCGGCGGCUGCAGCACGCGGCGCAGGCGGCCGAGGAGGCGGUGCAGCAGAAGGCGCGGCGCGUGGGCCAGAGCCGGAUGGAGAAGGAGCGGGCCCAGCGGGCCAACAAGGAGAAGGUGGAGAGGGACGAAGACUGCCGCCGGCGGGAGCUGCUCCAAGCCAUCGGUCGCAAGCUGGAGCGCAGCGAGCAGCUGUCUCGGGACCGGCGCAGCGCGCUGGAGAGCGCCCGCUCCACAGCCCGGGCCUCCUUCCACGUGCGCGAGAAGGUACGCCAGGAAACCAACACGCGCUCCUUCGAUCGCAUGGUUCGCGAGGCCCAGCUGCACGCCAGCCUGGACCGUAAAUGACCGCCGCCGUGCGCUGGCCGGAGUGCCACGUUCAGCCCCGUGGGGCCUCUUUUGGCCAUUUUGACCGGACUGUGGGAGUCCCCAGUCUGGGCGCGGCACCGCAGCGUCGCCAGGCUUCUAACCAAUGAGGCAAUGAGAGGACCGACGUGUGAGACCGUUCAGUCCGCCGCCAUUGUUUUUAAAAACUGACUUCGUUUGGAAAUGACAUAGCACAGUCUUUGACCACAUCAAACCUUGGUGGCUCCCGCAUCGCACCGGUCCUUGCCAAUGUUCCCAUUGUGUCUGUUGAGUUGGAAAAGAAAAAAGCUGGGAGAAAGGGGCUGGGUCGAGGCUGGGGGAGGGGAGGGCAAGGAGACAGUGCAGAGGUGACUGCCCCCUCCUGCAGUAGUCCCCCCAGGCAUCUUUCACAUACUGGUGUCUGAGGCGACUGCGGGAACUGCAGUGGAGGAGGCAUCUCCUUGGCUCCCCUCCAUCUUUUAACAUAUGGCAAGUUGCACAAAGCUCGGAGGCCUUGCAGAAAAGCACAGCUCUUCCAGGGUAUUAGGCCACACUCAAGUGACCCAAAAGCUAUUGAUGUUUGUGUGCUAGACUUUUAAUCUGCCUAAAUUCUGGUCUGUCUUCUGAUAGGUUUUCCCUUGAUUCCGCUAGGUAUUCUCGUUAGACAAUCAUCUGCAAAUAGUGAUCAGUUUGGUUUUUUUUCCCCCUCAUUCUCCCAAGUGACACAAGAAAUCAGUUGGUUUGGUGAUGCUGUUUAGCUUUAGUGGGAGCCCCCAGCCCCUCGGGGGAGGUGGAUUCCUUAGGCAGCAGUGUUUCCCCCGAUUGAGCUUUCCUGCAGGGUAUUUUCAGGGGAGGCAGUGUCUGACGGCCACCUCCCAAUGUGGAGCCCACUUCUCGCAGACAGCAGCCAUGCCUUAAGAAGCAGAGCUACCUUAUGUGCCUGCCCAGGCCAAUUCUGCCUCAGUCUCCAGCCCUGGAUGCAGCCCCAAGAGUGGGCCCCAGAGAGUCUGGGGUGUCGGAUUCCCUCUGUGAAGGAAUCGUCACAACUGUUCUGAGGGCAAUUACUUUACUGUGAUGGCAGAAGAGCUGGAAUUGCCUCUUUGCUGUGAGGGUCGUGCUCACUACGGUUGGCAGUGUAUCUUCCCCUCCUUCCCCACGUGAGGAAAAAGAGAAUCUCCCUCUGACAUUCCUGCGUCCCUCUCCCCUAUAACUGAAAGUAUUUAGUCAAUCUCUCCGUGCCUCACCUUUCCUAUUGGCCAGAUGGGGCCGUCAGUACUCUUCUCCUGGUACCUCAAGAUCUCCCGGACCCAAAGCACCGCCUCGGUAUUAUUUGUUGGUCUUCUUUGUGCCUUUCUUGACCUGGAGUUGGGAGGCAGGAGGGCUGCUCUUGGCCUAGUUUGUUUCUGGGAAUAUGGAUUCCUGGCAUAGGAAGGGGCAGUGCAACACGGACAGAUGGUCAUUUAGCCUCUGGGGGAAAAUGCACAGAAGACCAGGCCACUUUCUGGUCCAAAAAGUCCCAUUCAGUUGUCUUCCGGCAACUUUAACCUCUAGAGUGCUUCCCUUCCAGGAAGCCAAAAUCAGCCCCCAGCCAUGUCCACCCAAGGACUCUACCUUCAUCAAGGAAGGUGGGAAGUAAAACAUUUCUUUUUACAUUAAGUCAAGAUGAAGAAAUAACAGUUACCAAAAAAAAAAAAAAAAAAAAAGAAGAAGAAUCAAGGUAGAGAACUACUCUGCUAGACAUAUUUCAUGUAUAUCUGUUGGGCAGAAUUGUCCCUAAAGUGUCUGGUGUUACACACACACACACACACAUUCUGUCAGCCCCCCCCCCCCACAAUCAAAUGCCAGCAGGUACAGGAGUAUUGUGUAGAAGGAAGCAGUGCUUAGGUGUUACACUUCAGAUGACGUGAAACCAGAAAAGGAGCUGUGCCAAUGCUUACUUCUUGAAUGGGUGAAUUUUUCCUUAAAUUUUCAUGUCGGUAACCAGGUUGUCAGUGAGCUAUAAUAAUCGGCCUUUCUGUGAGUCAGGGGCAUUUAACUAAAAAUGUUAAUGUGAUACUGGUUCUUACCUUGUGGUUCCUGAUUUGAUAGAGGGGCCUUUGAGGCCUUAAUAGAAAGUUCCACCUAAAACUACUUCCUUCCAAAGUAUAUGCAUUCAUUUGAGAAGGACACAGUCUGCUCUUUUGGAUAAGGCACUGAAAGGUACGUAGGGGAUCUUCCUCGACCCUUUAGUCAGUUUGUUUUCUGACUUCUGGGUGACUUUGGGUAGAUCACCUCUGUGUGCCUUGGUUUCCCCACCUGUAGAAUGGGGAUCAUGAUUUCUGCCCUCCCCACACAAACACUGUGAGGAUGAAUCAGAGUCAAAGUGGUGCUCUCAGUUCUAAGACUUUGGAACGACAGGUGCCAUCACUGUAAACAGGAAGGCUCGUGUGACUGCACUAUGCCUAGCGUGUAAAGUACCAUCGUGGCCUAGUGCAGAAAGGAAUGUUCUCGAAAAGCACAUUGUUCCUCCUAAUGCCACAUGCGAUGCAAAGGCCCAGGUCUGAAUGUCACCAAAUCAGAUGUUUGCACUUAGAGAAAAGCACAGUGUAAAGGAAAAAAACCUUUGGGAUCCUUUAAAUAUACGUAUAUAGCUAAGUAGAAUUCAAGAAAAAACAGAAGCCAAACUUGGUAAUAAUAAAGAAAGGUUCUUCCAAGUGUCAGACCAUCUUCUAGAAUGUAGAGCAUCUCUGUAUUCUAGGAUAAGUGGUCAUGUUGCUCUUUGAGGAGGAGCGAUUUCCAGGAUCCUUUUUUGUGCCCUUUUUUUAUAGUCUUCUCUUUGAAGUGAUGCCAGAGAGGAGGAGUGUUUCUUAUUCUGAAAUGCAGCGAGAGAA